AUGGGCAGCAUCAUUGGAACCAUGGGGUGCAGCAGUUCUGUAGCUGACAGAAGGUCAGAGAAAGUCAUUAGAGCUGCCAUCCUCAUCCAGAAUUGGUACCGCUUUACAAUGGCCCGGCUAGAGAUGAGGCGCCGCUAUUCUUUGAGUAUCUUUCAGUCAAUUGAAUAUGCUGAUGAGCAAGAUCAACUACAGCUAUCCAACUUCUUUACAUUCAUGCUGGAUCACUGUACUCAUCCUGAUUCAGUUUCUCACAUUUUCACCAGCCCUAGUGUUGCUCAAGUGGUGGACGAAGGCUUAUGUUUAACAGAAUUUGAGAAGAUGAUUGAUGUUCCAGAUUCAUAUUAUGGGCCACGACUCUCAUUCCCCCUUACUGUUGAAGAUGCCAAUGCUCUCCUUCACGCUUUCAGAAAUGAACAGCUGCUUCAUGCCCGCUAUGUACUGCAGCUACUAUGUGAAACUAGGAGGGUUCUCAAGGAGAUGCCAAAUAUCACCCAUCUUUCAACUUCCUACUCCAAGGAGAUAACUGUCUGUGGAGAUUUGCAUGGAAACCUGGACGAUCUUUUGUUGAUAUUCUAUAAGAAUGGUCUGCCUUCAGAACAAAACCGUUAUGUCUUUAAUGGUGAUUUUGUUGACAGAGGGAAAAAUUCUAUGGAAAUACUUAUAAUCCUAUUUGCAUUUCUGCUUAUCUACCCCAACGAUUUACACUUGAAUAGAGGAAACCAUGAAGACUAUGUCAUGAACCUAAGAUACGGCUUCACAAAAGAAGUUUCUAAGAAGUACAAGGACUAUGGGAAACAGAUUUUGUGUCUUCUGCGAGACGUCUUUAGCUGGCUUCCCCUCGCCACUAUAAUUGAUAGCAAAGUUCUUAUUCUGCAUGGAGGGAUUUCAGACACUACGGAUUUGGAUUUCCUGAAUGCACUUGAGAGAAGUAAGUUGAAAUCUUUGAUGCGGCCACCAAAAUCAGGGGGAGACAGACAGGACCAAGUGACAGAGAGAAUUCCCACGACCAGACCCAGUGCACACAUUGCCAACCGGAAUGUUGCAGGAAACACACAACACAUCUCUUCAUCGGGCUCUACUGAGCCUUCAGGCUCAAAUUCUUCUUCAGACCCCACCCUGAAGGAAUGGAAACAAAUCCUUGACAUUCUCUGGAGUGAUCCAAGAAGCCAAAAUGGCUGUACACCAAAUAAAUGCCGAGGAGGAGGUUGUUACUUUGGCCCUGAUGUCACUGCCAAGCUGUUUGAAAGGUAUAAUCUGAAGAUGCUCAUCAGGUCUCAUGAAUUUAAGCCGGAAGGUUAUGAGAUCAGUCACGAUGGGAAGGUUAUCACUAUAUUUUCUGCCUCCAACUAUUACGAAGAGGGGAGCAACCGGGGAGCGUACAUCAAAUUGAAUCCUGAACUGAUUCCUCGGUUUGUACAGUAUCGAGUCAGCAAGUACACACGCAGGCAGCAUCUUCGGGAGAGGGUGGGUACAAUUGAAUCAGCUGCCUUGAAGUCCUUACGAGAGAAGAUUUAUGCUCACAGGUCUGAACUCAGGAGUGCUUUUGCACAGUAUGACCCCAACAGCACAGGCAAGAUUUCCGUCGAUGACUGGGCUGCAGCGAUGGAGUCUGUCCUGCAGCUGGAACUGCCCUGGAGGAUGCUGCGGCCGCAGUUAGCACAGAUGGACCCAGACGGAGACAUUGACUUCAUGUCAUGUUUUUACGAUUUGAAAAUAGAUCAACCUAUAAAAGAGGUUCAGCCAGCCUUGGCGGAAACCCUGUGCAGAUACAGAAAGGAUCUGGAGAUCAUCUUUAACAUCAUUGACAAAGAUCACUCAGGUCUGAUUUCUCUGGAGGAGUUCAGCCAGACAUGGAGACUCUUCACUGCUCACCUGGGCAUCGAUGUGUGCGAUGAGGCCCUCGACAAGUUAGUCCUCAGCAUAGACUACAACAAAGACGGCCACAUCGACUUCAAUGAAUUUUUGGAGGCCUUUCAUGUGGUUCACAGACUGGAGAAAAAGGCAAACUCAUGA